GUCUGCCCUUAUUUACCUAACUCUUAAAGUUUCUGGUUUAUGUGGAUUUUGUUGAUAAAUAAAAAGUGUUGAAAUUUACUUUUCCUGAAGUGUAUUAUAACGAAAAAUUAGAUAUUUCAGCAUACGAUACCGUUGAGGAGAACCAGCUACAGGUAAUUAAAAAAAUGAAGGACAAUCCAUCACCCCCAGGUAAUUUAGUUUGCUACUGGGGCAAUUUGAAAGACCAUCCUGAAUGCAUUCAUGGACCAGCCUUACUUUUUGGAAGGGAAAACGAAGGUGAGGAGAAAAAAUUUUACACCUGCUCGGCGUGCAGGGACAGAAAGCUAUGCACAUUUUACCUCGAAUACGAUAAAGAGCCCAGCAAGUACGAAAAGCACGCCUGGGAGCAAGAGAAGAAAAAAUACGCUGCUUCCUACAACCAUGCCAAACUAUUUAUUUUCUACAAUCAGUUGAUGAGCAAAAAUCCGACCAACAGAGCGUAUUGUCACACGUGCGAGAAGCUGCUACUUACCACUGACAAGCCGAAGCACCCCGAUCAUCAGAUAACGGAAUGUUUGUCGGAUCGCCAGAUGACACACCCCACGGAACUAUUGAAACCACUGGGGAACUCAAAAAAAGAAGCUCAAUAUUUGUUUUCUGAAAAAGCUGUGAAGGAUAUUGUUGGCUUCUUAAGUGAUUUGAACGCUAAAAAUGUUUUGUGCAUCGGAGCACCAAGAAUUCAUGAACAUAUAACUAAUCAUUUGGGGGAUAACAUGUCCAGUUUACUGCUGGAUUUUGAUGGUAGAUUCCACAAUUUUUUUGGUCCCCUAAAUUAUUGCUGGUACAAUUUGUUCAAUCACCACUUUUUCCAUGAUGAUUCGGAGGAUGUAUUCAAAGAUUUCCUUACCCAGGAUGGGGGCAAGGACAUGUACUUGGUGUGCGAUCCACCUUUUGGAGGACGUAUCGAACCAAUGUCACAAACCAUCAAACUUAUCAGUGAUCUGCACAAAAAAUUGAACAAGAUCACCGAUGUUAAAAACGAGUUGAAAAUUUUUUUCGUGUUCCCUUACUUCACCGAAUCCAUAAUGAAAGAAAAAUCAAAUCCACCGAGCGUUAGUGGAGGUUUAAGAGAUUUAAAAAUGACGGAUUACAAAGUUGCGUACAACAAUCAUCCACUGUUUACAUCCAAAGGUAACAGUGGACAGCAAGGAUCGCCAGUCCGUUUAUUUACGAACGUCCCGAUGAAUCUCGUCAAGCUGCCAGAAUCGGAUGGAUACAAGUACUGCAAGAGAUGCGAUCGGUGGGUAGCUGCAGAAAACAAGCACUGCAAAAUUUGCCGCAGUUGCACGUCAAGGGAUGGUCGGCGGUACAGGCACUGCAAGCUGUGCAAGCGUUGUGUCAAACCCACUUGGAAGCAUUGCAAACAGUGCGACAGGUGCUCGUUGCCUAGUCACACUUGUGGACAAAAACCGAAAAUUGGAAGUUGCUUCGAGUGCAAUGAGAAAGGUCACACAGGAAAGGAGUGUCCUGGAAAAAAUUUGAAAAAAUUGGUGACGAACUUGAAGGAAAAGAAGCAAAAAAAAAAAGUCGAGAAAGAUAUCAUGGCUAAGAAGAAAAAACUCGAAUCUUUGAAGACUUUAGAGGCCUUGGAGACGACAGUGGAGAAUAAUAAAAAAAGCAAGGCAAAGAAAGUCAAAGAGGAGGCUGCUAAUGUGAUCAAUGAAAGAAUUAUUAAAAAAAUAGCACCCAUUGUUAAAUUGAAUAAAAAGAAAGAGAAAAUUUCCAAGAUUCUCAAAUCCAGAAUGAAUUCUGACACUGUAGGAGGGAGUCCCGGAAAUAGCACAGUUGGAUUAAAAAGCAACGUGGGAAAAAAGAUGAAGUCAGCUCUGAAGAAAAAGAAAAAAGUGGCCGAGAUAAUCGCGUCUGGCAUUGAAAAUUUUGAUAAGUACUUCAUAAUAGAAAAACCAUCUGAAUUCCUAAUAAUAAAAGAGUAUAAAUAG